AAACCAAAGCACAACCCAGAGAGAGAGAGAGAGAGAGAGGGAGAGAGGGAGACCGACCGACCUGCGGGAUGUCGUUAUAUGAGAUCUAUCAAAUAACGGCUUUGCGAGUUCGAUUUUGUCGAUUUUAGGAGAAGAUUGUUGAAACAUUUCUUUCUAGCCGCUACCGGGAAGAGCUGGUCGGUGCCCGACAUAUCUCUCCAUGGAAUCCUCAAUCUUACUUGUAGUUCUCUACUAGCUACUCUAUCCUCCUACCCCUAUCAAACACCAACUAUAAAAGCCACUUACCGUUCAUAGAUCCUCUCACUCCCAUCUCUCCAUCCUCUCUCUCUCUCUCUCUCUCUCUCUCUCUCUCUCUCUCUAAGAUGGAUACAUCUUUAUCAUCCUCUCUGAUGAUCUUUCUGUUACUAUCAGCCUUCAUCUUAGUUUCCCGGCGAGUCCAUAAGAAGUUCUCCAGCAGCAAUAAUGGGCUAACUACAUACCCUUUUAUCGGAUGCUUGAUCUCCUUCUACAAGAACCGAACCCGUCUUUUAGACUGGUUCACUCUUCUCCUCACGGAGUCUCCAACCCAUACCAUCGUACUACACAGAUUUGGUGCUCCACGAACCAUCAUAACUGCAAACCCAGUAAACGUAGAGUAUAUCCUUAAGACCCACUUCGCCAAUUUCCCCAAAGGAAAGCCCUUCACUGAAAUCCUCGGCGACUUUCUAGGUCGUGGAAUAUUCAAUGUGGAUGGCGGGCUAUGGCACGCCCAGCGCAAGUUAGCCAGCCAUGAAUUCACUACCAAGUCGUUAAGAGAGUUUCUUGUAAGUAUUUUGCGAGAAGAAAUGGAGAAGAGGUUGUUUCCCAUACUCGAAUUGGCAAUGGAUACGGGUCGGGUCAUCGACUUGCAGGAGUUGUUAGGGAGGUUUACUUUCGAUACUGUGUGUAAGCUUUCCUUGGGGCACGAUCCCUGCUUCUUAGAGGAGGGAGCACCGCCGCCGCUUCUGGCGGAGGCUUUCGAUGUAGCGUCGGCGAUAAGUGCACGGCGAGGGGCAGCGCCGGUGUUCGCCGUGUGGAAGAUCAAACGAGCAUUAAGCAUUGGCUCUGAGCGGCAACUCAAGGAAGCUAUCCAACAGAUACACGUGGCCGUUCAAGAGAUGAUCCACGAUAAGAAGAUGAUAUCCGACGGAGAAGAUCUUUUGUCACGGUUAAUAAAAAGUGGUCUCGAUGAUGACGUGAUCAGAGACAUGGCUAUCAGCUUCAUCAUGGCAGGAAAGGACACCACGUCAGCAGCCAUGACUUGGCUAUUCUGGCUGCUUUCCCGCCAUCCUGACGUGGAACAAGAGUUGGUCAACGAAAUUUCAGAGCUGGUCAAAGGCACUGGGGGGUCGAUUGGGUAUGCGGAGUUGAAGGAGUUGAGAUUGCUUAAGGCGUCUCUUUGCGAGUCCAUGAGGCUUUAUCCACCUGUCGCAUGGGAUUCUAAACAUGCGGUUGCUGAUGAUAAAUUGCCAGAUGGGACGAUCGUCCGCAGGGGAGAUCGGGUUACGUACUUCCCCUACGGCAUGGGGAGGAUGGAAGCAUUGUGGGGGAAGGACCGGUUGGAGUUUAGGCCAGACCGGUGGCUCGAUACUGAAGUUGGUGGGUUGAAGAAAGUAUCUCCCUUCAAAUUUCCUGUGUUCCAAGCCGGACCAAGGGUUUGCCUUGGGAAGGAGAUGGCCUUCAUCCAAAUGAACUACGUAAUGGCUUCCAUAUUGAAGCGAUUUCGACUAAGACCGGUCCGGUCGGACCAACCCAUGUUUGUGCCUCUACUUACGGCCCAUAUGGCUGGUGGGUUCAAGGUUCAGGUUUGUAGCCGGGAUUCUUCAUCACUACCUUCCUCUGGUCCUCCCCAGCAUCAGAUGACUCAGGGAUUCUAAACGUAUUUUUUGUGGUCGUUUAUAUGAUGUGAUGAUCAAAAUAUUGUUAUAUAUACAUGUUACAAUAUAAAUUAGGGUGCAUCUAGCUGUCGUCACCAAAAUGGUGGAGUGAGAAAUUGUAACAUUUGA